AUGCAGUAUGACUAUGGUAAAAACAAGGAAGAACAUCCUGAACCCAUCAAAGCUGUAGUGCAAGGGAUGCUUCCCGAAUGGCUACAGGGGACGCUUAUACGGAACGGGCCCGGCCUCUUCUCGGUGGGAGAGACUUCAUACAACCAUUGGUUUGAUGGAAUGGCACUUUUGCAUAAUUUCAUUAUCAAAAAUGGUGAGGUGACAUACAGGAGCAGAUUUCUUCGAGGGGACACAUACAACUCUAACACACAGGCCAACAGAAUAGUGGUGUCAGAAAUGGGGACCAUGGCUUACCCAGACCCCUGCAAAAAUAUAUUCUCCAAAGUGAUCACCUUUCUGAGCCACACCAUCCCAGACUUCACGGACAACUGUGCCAAUAACAUAAUCAAAUAUGGAAAUGAAUACCAUGCCACAUCGGAAACCAACUAUAUUCGUAAAAUUGACCCCAUCACUUUAGAGACUCACGGCAAGGUGGACUACCUGAAGCACCUUCCUGUAAAUAUAGUAGCAUCACAUACGCAUUAUGAUAAAGAGGGAAAUAGCUACAGUAUGGGAACAUCCAUUGCAGAGAAGGGCAAAACUAAAUACACAUUAUUCAAGGUUGCAGGAGGAAGUGGCUCAAAUGGGUCUCAACCCUUGAAAAACGUCGAGGUGGUCUGCACUGUGCCCUGCCGCACGCUCCUCACACCCAGCUAUUACCACAGCUUCGGCAUGACCGACAACUACUUCAUCUUUAUUGAGCAGCCCUUGAAGUUGGACAUCCUGAAAAUGGCCACAGCCUAUAUGAGGAAGGUCAGCUGGGCCAGCUGCAUGAAAUUCCACCCUGAAGACAACACCCUGAUUCAUCUUAUUGACCGGAAGACAAAGGAGGAAGUUGGGAUCAAAUUUUACACGGGUGCAAUGGCUGUAUACCAUCAAGUGAAUGCCUUUGAAGACGAUGGUCAUGUUGUGUUUGAUGUGAUCACCUAUGAUGACAACAGCUUGUAUGAUGUGUUUUACCUGGACAAGCUCAAGGAGCAGAUGAGCUUGAAUACUACCUACUGCAAGCCCAAGUGCAAAAGAUUUGUGUUGCCCAUUAGUGACAAGGUUUGUCAUAGAGGUGAAGAUCUGGUCAAGCUUAAAUAUACGACAGCAAGUGCUGUGAAGGAGAAAGAUGGUAAACUUCUGUGUCAAGGCGAGGUUCUCUGUGAUGGUGUGGAACUUCCAAGAAUUAAUUACAAUUUCAAUGGAAAGAAGUACAGAUAUGCUUACAUGUGUUGUGUGGACACGUCCCCACUGUCCACAAGGAUUGUAAAGGUUGAUGUUGAGACAAAGAAGCAGACUGAAUGGAAGCAAGACGACUGUGUGCUCUCAGAACCUGUUUUCGUUCCCAGGCCUGAUGCAGUUGACGAGGAUGAUGGUGUAGUCUUAUCAUCUGCCAUAAACAAUAAACCCGGGCCAGGCAGCUUUCUUCUGGUGCUUGAUGGCAAAUCUUUCAAAGAGGUUGCCCGGGCAUAUGUAGAUGCAGAGUUUCACAUGGACAUGCAUGGAUACUUCAUACCAGACAGCAGUUAA